AUGCAAGGCACCAAGCAACCCGCUUCACCGGCCGCGAUGCCAUCCUCCUCCCUUGCCCUCGAAUCACCGUCCGACCUGCAACGCAAACCCACUUGGGCUCAUAUCAGCUUCGAUGAUGGCUUCGACCUCAACCUUGGCGCCACCUCUGCAUUGCGUGCAGCUGACCAAAGCGCCCAUCCGUCAAAACCCACUUUGUCAACCCAAUCUUUUCAACCCACCGCCUCAUCCAAACCGGAUACGGCGAUCCCUGUCCACCCUCAUGCAAGUUCUCCACGCCAGGACGACAAGAGGCUCUCGACCAGUCCUGCCUCUUCCAACAAGGCGCUUCCACAGCUUCCCUCUCUCUUUGGAACAGCCAUGGACACCACCAACUCUGCAUCCUCAGCUCGGCGCCAACCAUCCACCGAUUUACCCUCUACUACCACCCUCGCUUCUCCGUCCGCACCCUCGCAUCCUGACAACAACCAUCACGCUCGCACACACCCUUCUAACGAUGGCACACGCACUCCCAAGCCAUCGAGCACUCCCAAAGGCCGCCCCUUUGCCUCACCUAUCAUCACAGCCGCCACUCCUCAGCAGCCCAACCGUGUCGACUCUUGUUCCGCUACAACUACACCAAUGCCUACUCGCCCUCCUUCCGGUGGUGGUCCUCCCGUCUGGGACAGUCCAGUACAAUCUUCGCCUCCUCAGCCCGUCUCUUCAGCGGAUGCCUACACGCAGCCCAUCGAGACCUUCCCAUUAGAGACUUUGAGUCGUGCCGGCACCCCCAUGAGCCACCUCAGCGGAUCCAACUGGAUACACGAUGCUCCCGGCAACCGCAGCAGCCUUGGCACCACUUCGAGUAUGCCGUUCACCCAGACAAAGCGCGCCUCGGUCUUGUCGUUUCAGACUGCUAACAGCGCCGGCUUCACUAGCGCUGACGAGGCCAGGACCUCGGACAGAGAGCAUCUUGCUGAUAAUGCGCUGCCUCCACUCGACUCGGCAGCUGCGCUCAAGCUUGCAACACAGCCAAACAGUAUGCGCCCUUGGCUCGACGGCGGCCCCUCAGCCCACACCACUUGGUCCGACGAACGUUCGGUUCCCGGUGGCUUGCCAGGCGCAUUCUGGGACGAGCCUUAUCCACAGCCAGCUACUCGAUCUGUAGAACCUGCACCUGCUGUUGCAAUACAGCAGCCGUCUGCUAUCACAACAGCAACGACCAAGCCUCGCUCUGCUUCCGCCGAUGUGCUCGUGGAUCGCCAACAUAGCAACAACGCCCAUGUUCGGCACGUCCGCGACUUGACUGCCACCACCCCGCCAUCGACUUUGUCCCCCCUCAAUACGCAGAGUCUGGCUCCUGCUUCGCCAAGCGCUCCCAUUUCGUCCACCACCAUUGCUCCUCCGUCCGACGAGACCGCCCAGAUCCUGCGUCGCUCGCCUGAAUUUACUCCAGACCGACGUCCGUCCGAACCGUUAUUGCCUCUGGACGAUGUUCCCAUUCCUCCUGCCAAGGAUGUGCGCGCAGUUUCACCCACUGAACCCGCCGUCUCGUUGAGCUCGCCGCAAGGUCCGAUCGACCCUGAUCUCGACGAGACUUCAAUCACUGCUGCUGCAGACAACGUCAUCCCUCCACCUCUUCCGAGCGAGGCAGUCAGCAAUCGGCUCUCGCUCGCGUCCGACGUGCUUCUGAACGGGCCAGCACAUCAGAAGCCUGUCUCGGACUAUCGCAAAAAGCCGCUCGCUAACAUUUCUUCAGCACAAAAGGCCGCUGGUCUGGCUCAUCUUCAAGCGCAGGCUAGGGCUACCAAGCAGCAGGUCAAUUCGGACAUGCAGAUGCAUGCGCCGCCACCACCACCUCCAUCCAACCCACCGCCAGAGGCGCCGCCGAUCCCCAUUCUGGAACGUGCCCGUCGCAAGUCGAACGCCAGCCUCACCGCCAACGUAGCUCUGGCACAAGCCACCACCGGUGCGCCGGGCAUGCCUCGAGACGAUCCCAAUGACCGAUCCGACACACCCAGUGCCGAGAGUGUCUCUCAAGAGUCCAGCGCUCCGCCUGACGGCGAGGUCGAAGCACGUGCAGAAUGGGAGCGCCGACGCAGGAUGAAACGCAAGAACGAAAAAAAGCAGCCCGACGUUGCCAAGCCGCAGAAGAGUCGUUCAGAUGGCUUCCAGCUCAAGCCCUUGCAGCUCGUUCCUGCCGACAAUCUCACCAGCUUUGCAAGUCGGAACGGCGCUUCCAGCCUUGCCGCGCGGGGUGACGGUGUUAGAAGCGGCGUUGCGACGGGCGAUCGUGUUGCUGGCGCGCUCGCGCCUGCACCCGCCGAUCCGUCCAAGCACACGUACAGCACGCAGCAGCUUCAGAAGCUGCAGGCGCGCGAGCAGAGGAGAAGCGUUGGCGCUUUCAGUGCCGCCAUGGCCGCCGCCAAUGUCGCUUCGAGUGGCAGCAACGUUGGUCCUUAUCCGGUCUUUGCCUCUCCUAACACCGCUCCGCAAAAGAUGGGUUCGCGGCAGUAUCCUGGUCUGAUGGCUCAACGAAGUUUGGUGCCGCCGUUCGAGCUCCAGCAUCGUCCUGACGGCCUUCCCUCUGGCUUGAUCGGCCCCGACGGCGUACGAAGGAGCCUCAACGAUCCCGAGGUGUGCCUUGAGUGCAUGAUGCGAGACGAAGAUAUGGUCGACAUUCGUGUUGUUGGCGAGGGCAUCUGGGAACGCGAGAGCGACAAGGACUUUGAAGAGGCGGUCCGGCUUGAAGCCGAAGAAGAAGCAGCAGCUGCAGCUGCAGCUGCAGCAGCCAAUGGCAAUAGCUUCAUCGGUCCAAGUGGUAGCAGUGGCCACGGAGACAGCAUCAGCAGCCAUCUUGAUUCGCGAGGCUCUCGUCGACCAAGGAAAAGAAUCGGUAAGGGCGAGGCACUUACCGUCGAACGCCUGAAACUCCACACGCAAAUGAAUCCGCCGGCCUCCUCGUUUCGAUGGCGCACGCUGCAGACAUUCUUGGCUGUGCAAGCCAAAUACAUCGCCAUGGAGCAGCAGAGGAUGCGCAUCGAGGCUGACAAGAAGGCGAGGCACUACGCCGACUCUGUCAGCAGCCGUGGCAGCAUGAUUGUCUUGGACGCAUCUGCAUCUGCACCUGCGCAGCAGCCCGAUCGUGGUCUUUCUUCACCCUUUGCGCCUCCUCGCGAAGCUUCAGUCGCUGCUGCUGCCGUCUCACGUCAGUCGAUGCUACAGACCUCGACGGAUGACAGUGGCUUGACGCCGCAGCAGAAGCAGGAGAAGGAACGCGACAUUGCAGCAGCCCAAGCGGCUCGCAAGAAAAUGACUUUAGGUGCAUCGGCUCCGCCACCGCCGCUACCGACGACGACACCGCCUCUCGGAUAUCCUGCGUAUCCUGUCACACCGCUGCAAACGCGCACGUUUCCCAAAACAAUGCCCUUUGGUUCUGGCUCCGAUCUGGAGGAGCAGCUUAGCGGAUCAGCGCUCGCUGGGGGUGUUUCAACUUCUGUCGGCGGUCGCCGUGUGCCCUUCGGUUCAGCCCAAGCCGCUAGAGCAGCAAGCGUCCAAGAUUUGCGAUCUGCCGCCGAUUCUGCUCGGGCAGCAUCUGCUGGUUAUCCUGCUAGCCCCGCAGACAGCCUCAUGCCGCCCUCGAGAUCUUUUGCGGGCACCUCGCCCACUGGCACGCCUUCGCGUCUAGCGUCUCGUUCGGGCGCAUCUCAAUUGUCGCUGAUGAACAGUGGCUCGAUGAUCGACAUGCAUGUGGCUCAAGAAGAUCGUGCCGAGCACCGGCUCAAUCAGAAUGGUUUCCUCCCUGCCACUCCUUUGGGGGUCGCAUCGCCCGCUACACUCAACCGCUCCUUCUACGGCUUUCCUGGAGAUGGCGAUUCGUCGGUCCCGGAUGCGACGGCGUUUAAGCGAUCGCGAAUGGUUUCGAGCGACGGCUACGUCAAUCCCAUGGAAGCAGGCCCUCGCGGUCUCGAAACGGACGGCGAAGAGAGCUCUCGGCGCAAGAAGAAGGGCCUUCGCGGCCUCCUUUCCAAGCUCACGGGUAGCAGUGGUGCUCUGAGCCGGGAUACCCCAACAGGAGCAGCUGCGGACGGUAGUCUGAACGGCAGCAUCGCCAGUCGCAAUGCCAGCAAGCGUUCGCAAGGAUCUGGAGCCGGAAGCCCGCGCUUUCAACAGGGCUUGUCCAGUGUUGAUCGCUCGCUCGAUGCGGUCAGUCCGCCUCUCAACGGCAUGCUCAGCAAGUCUCGGAUGUCGACCUCUUCAUCCUUCCGCAACGGCGCUGAUGGUGACGCCGAGUCCAAGGGUCGAACCACAAGAAGCGGCAGCACUUCCCUCUUCCAGAAUCCGCCAGGUAUGGCGAGUCAGAACAGCCUCGAUCUCGGACCGUUCCAGCCUGCUUCGCCACAGGCGAGUGCCAUCGAUUCGGCAAGGAUGAGGAGGGCACCCAACGCUAUGAUGGAGAAAUACAUGAAUUCGCCCUCACUCCAGACACUGGCAUCUCCGGUGCCUGGCGCCAUGUCAGUGUCACAGCCCUCGCCUGGGAGCAGUAUGGCGGGCGAACGUAUGUCCGUGCAUCCGAGCGAUGCGCGAAACGGCCGAAUGUCGAGCUUUGCCAGCAUGCGAGAACUUCGCACCCCGGCGUUGCAGUCCAUCCCCGACAGCGAGCAGCAUGAAGACGAGGCAGAUGCGCGCAAGUCGAUGCGCUUCAGCGGCGCAAGUGCAAACUCGCGUAAGGCGCUUCCUUCCACGCCACCGGCUGCUGGAGAGCGCGACCACCAGCGCAGCGCGACAGGAGGAAUGAGAAGCUCCGUAAUCGACUCGAGCUCGUCAUUGCCGCGAUCGCCAGGUUUAGCACCGACACUCGCCAUGACGCGCCAGGAUGGCAGCGGACCAGCAGAUGCGGGACGUGCUAGCAUGCAAGCAUCUAGAGGCAUGAGGUCAGCACCAUCCGAAAUCAACUUGGAUACUGGCAACAUGACGAUUCCCGACGAUGCUUCGGUCAGCAGCGCUGGGCCGGCACGACCGCCCAGGAAUCCACGUCGACCCGACGGGGUGCUCAACUCGCCGAGCUUCGUUAACGGUGGUCAUGACGCUCUGGCGCCGUCUCGACGCGAUUUCCCGAUGCAGGGUCGAUCGCAGUCAGAAGCUUACACCGGAGUAGUGGGCUCACCAGCCAGCCCAGAAAAGAGCAAAAAGUCAAUCUUCCGUCUGCCAUUUGGCCGCAAGAAGCGCGAGUCGACGUUCGGCGCCUCUGUCGACAGCAGCAAACCAUCCAUCGUGAUUGGUGGUGCGGACGAAUUCGAUCAGGGUCAAGCGGUGCCGUCAAGAUCGAUCGCCACAUUCUUGCCCAAACUGCGAACUCGGAAGAGCUACUCUGGACUGAGCGUGUCCAGAGCCAGCUUCCAAACGGAGCGUCAGCGCGUACUCUCUUCGCCUGCUCCUGAUCCUUCGCUGGGUCGGUUGCCGCCACGAAGCCAGAGUGCAUUUAGCAUGGCACCGGCGAAGCGCUUCAUGUCGAUGGACAUUCCACGUCGGUCUAUGAACGUUGGGCGUGGCUCGGCACGCAAUCGAUUGAGCACAGUUCAGUACGGCGAGGAUGAGGAUGAGGAGGAAGAGGAAGACGAGGAUGACGAGAUGGAAUGUGAACCAGGUUACGAAGCUGAAUUCAACCGGUACGCCCAAGAGGCAGCCGAGGAACGCUACCUCAAUACGGGCUCGCGAGGCGGAAAGGACAUGAGCUUCGGACGAAAGAGUCUGAACCUGCUCAGGGAAGGCAUCUUGCGCACUGUGAGCAGCGAUCAGAAGAAGCAGCGCUGA